GCCCCCUCACAGCUCACUUGUUCGUGUCCGACCCGCAGCUUUUCUGAGGCGUCGUUCCUGCAGCUGACCUCGAGGCCACAGCACAGCACUUGGUGACCCGUGGCCUUCCUGAGGCUUCUGUUCUGCAGUGACUGACAUGGAGAAGAGACCCCCAAGAGUGCCCAAGCUGGCCUGGGUGGAGGAGGAGGAAGAAGGCCCUGGAGCUGCCCCAGCACAGGAGACUGAAAAGGUGGUGCCGUUCCAUCCACCGCAGGAGGGUGCAGCCCUGGACCACAAACAAGAGCAGGAAUCCACCCGUGGCCGCUUCCGCAGAGCAGCGCAGCUCGUUUGCAAAUUCAUCAAGAGCAUUCGGCAGGAAGAGACCAUCUCCAGGGGUGCUGGGCUCAGAGAAUACUCAGAGGUCCUCAAACAUGAGUCCAGUGCUGCCCUGGUGGAUUUGCUUGUGGAGAGGGGUGUUUUCAGACCAGAGCAAGUAAGCAGCCUGUGGCCAGGCUUCAAUUCCCUCAUGAGUCACAUGGCUUCCCAAGCCACUAGUGUUGGUCCCUGUGAGCCUUUGAGGCCAUUGCAGUGUGGUGGGAAGGGAAGCACUUCUCUGGGGACACUGGGAACGUUGCUCCUUCUGGCAGUUUUCCAAAUUGCCCUGUGCCUUCUCCAGGUGCCCGCCAUGGUGAGAUACAUCCACCAGUGGCUCACGGCCAAUGAUUCUGCUGAGCACAGGCUGGACAACACCCUGCUGCAUCUCACCAAAGCGCAGCCAAAUGACGCAGUAAUGACACUCCUGCGUGUGGCCCCAUCCUGUGACAGAGCUGCCAUGGCCAUGUGGAAGACCAUCAUGUGCUCACCCAGGACUGCGGAGCUGGUGCAGCUGAUUCUCCUGGAUGUGCUGGGGAGCUGGCCAGAGUACAGCACGUGCACCUCCGAUGGGGACAAAACGGGUGUCUUUGCCCUGGCUGCAACUGUGGUGAUGUGGAAGAUCCUCCAGGAGCCUUGUGUCCCACACAACGUGAAGCUGCAUUUCCCCCACCUAUUUGUGCAUCUGCUCUUCCAAGUGUUCUUCAGCACUGAACAGAUGCCAAAGAAGGUCCUUACCUUCUGGAAGGGAUGCCAGGAGCAACACGGCCUUGCCACCAGCCCCAACAGGUUUGCAGUGUGGACCCUGAAGUCCCUGCUGUACCAAAAGCAGUACAAGGAUGUGGUGAUGGCAAUGGAACGCAGGUGUGGCUGGGACACGCUGCUCUGUGCCGACACCCACCACUAUGCCGUGGGUCUGCUGGCCAGGGAGAUGCGCCAUGCUUCUCUUGAGUUGUGUUCCAGUAUUGCACUCCACCUCCUCUGGCUGCUCAGCACACAGGAGCCACGCUGGGAUCUGCCUGCCCUGGCCUUCCUGGUGGAGGUCCUCGAGUGCCUAGAUUCAAGUGAAUGUGGUGACAGUGUUGUGGAGGUUUCAUCCAGGUACCUGCAGAGCGAGUGCAGGGAGAGGCGUCGCCUGGCGCUCAGGGCCCUUCUCGAGCUCAUUGACGAUCCCUCGAUGGCUGAAAAGAUGUGGCGCCUGACUGAAAGCCUCAUGGACCUACUGUGGGACAGUGAUGCAGAGAUAGCUGGGCUGACACUCAUCACACUCAGCUUUAUAUUCUUGCACAAAUCCAUUCUGAUCUCAACUCCCAUUGCCCUGCAGCUGGCUAAGGCGCUCCUGCCACUCUUUGACCAUGAAAAUAGCCAGGUACAGCUGCUCUCCAUAAAACUCUUUCAAGACAUGAUGGGGUUUUUGGAAAAGGGAGAAAAGCCUUUGGAAAGGCCUGUGCACCAGAGCCUGCUGCCACUCUUCUUCCACUGCCAUGAUGAGAAUCAGCGUGUGGCAGAGGCUUCUCGGGAAACGCUGAUUUGUGUGGCCGAGUUUCUGAGAAGGAGAGAUCUUGAGAAACUGGUGAAAAAGGAGAAACUCUGGAUUUUCGCCAACUGCCUGCUGGCAGAGGACAGGAGCCGAGCGGCCGAGCACCUGCGCCGGGCCCUGCCCUACCUGCAGAGCCCACAGGAGCCCCUGCGAGAGGCGGCCGUCAGGUUCAUGGGGAUGGCCGGGCGGAGCUUGAGGGGGCAGCAGGGAGAGCUCCAGCUGAUCUCUGAGGCCCUUGAAGGAAUGGUAAAUGACAUCAGCCUCAGCGUGGGAAGCCUGGCAAUUCAAUCAUUGUGCAUCCUGAAGGCAGCAGAGCAGGCUCCCAUGCCAAAGUUCCAGAGGCUGCGAGAUCAGCUGCGCAGGGCAUGGAAGACACGGCCUCGUCUGUCGCGGCUCGGCUGGCUGGGCUGCUGGGGCUCUGUGGAGGGCUGAUGCAGCAGGCUGUCUUUGCUGGGGCCUCCUGAGCCAGCAGGGAUUUUAUUCAAAAUAGCUCUUUUCUUCAUUUUGUUUUCCUUUAUCAUGUAAAUAUUGAAUGUAAAUAAACAUCUUGUUUUCUUUUC